AUGCGAAAAAGUUCUCUGAACAAUUUCGCAACCUCUCAAAAUCUGUUUCAAUUUCCUUCUGUGGAUUUUGAGCACAUAACGGAAAGUGCCAUAGAAAACAGCACUUCUUCCAUUCAUUCAGCUCCUACGGAGCCUAUAUCCAUCGGUCAAGAGCAAAAAAACGGUCUUUCCUUUGAAUCCAAACCGAUUUCUUUACCUUCCAAACCUAGCGUUUGCAAAAACUUACUUACCAAUGGAACCCUGCAAUUUUCACAGGAACCGUCAGAGGAAUCCUUCGCUUUAGGUCUCGCCUACAUAAGUGAGCUUUAUACUUCUACAAAGCAUUUGGGUGCUUCGAAAAUCUUGCCACCUCCAGGUUGGUCAUGCCCUUUCACCAUAGACCCAACAACGCUGAAAUUUAUAUGCAAGGACAAUAGCCCUUCCACUCGUUCUGUACUGACUACCAUCCUUUCCAAGGACAAGGACAAGGACAAGGAAUUGCCCCCCACAGCUUCAUUAUCUGACGAAAAGCGGAUUGCCGAUCGAUCUGACUCGGUUGUUCUUUCAUAUAUUUUCGUUUUAGGGAAACAAAUUGACCUUUUGCAAUUAAAGCAAUGGCUUCAAAUUUCAAAAAAGCUCGAUAUGCCCAAGUAUGAGUUUUGGUCCCAAGCCGCCCAGUUUUAUAAGCUAGAUGUUAAUAGCUUGGAAACGGCUUAUUCUACCUACGAGUCUUCUGAUUCCCAAAAUGUCACUAAUGGUACAGGAUUUUCUAGUUCACCAAUUACUCGUCCCGUAAAACGUGCACGUCGACAAUUACAAGGUCCAAAAUGCAAGGUCUGUGACCAAGAAGGCUCUUCCUUUGUCAGUUGCUAUAUUUGCCAAUCGAGUUAUCAUUACUCCUGCUUAGAAGCUCCCUUUGCCCCCUUUGCCGAUAUCCACUACUUCACUUGUAACCGUUGUAUUCCCGAUAAUCUGAAGCUUUCCUGGAAAGAUGUUGAUUAUCACUGCAUUUCUUCAUUCCUUGACUCCAACUACCAAUUGGAAUCCUCUCUUUCUUCUUCCAUUUCUUCUUUUCGUGACGAAUUUUCACCGUUGUGUAUUCAUAAUUUAAACAAUUGCAUCCCCUCAUCAAAAUCGAAAGCUCCUGAACGAAAAACUCGUUCUUCUAAAACUAAUGACGACUCAUCCUCGUCCUUCCCUUUUGGUUUACUAAAUCCCGAAUCUCAUUAUACUUAUCUUUCUCGUUUAUCUCCUCUAGAACAGUACUUUUGGUCUUCUUCUUUUUACUUAAAUUCUUCUAGAUUUGAGACAUCUGAACAGCCGUUAAUUGGUUUUUGCAAAAACAAAACUGCUUUCCCAACUAACCGACAAAGCCCUUACUACAAUGAUCCUUGGAACCUUCCUUUCCUGCAGUUCGCAAAAUUGUCUCCAUUGAAGUUCACUCCUCCCGAAAUUUUAACUCCCACAUUACAAUUCGGACAAAUGAUGAGCUGUUCUGGAUGGAAAAAAAAUACAAUGUCUCUAUUUGGUUUACAUUACCACCAUUCUGGAUCCCCAAAGACCUGGUAUGUUAUACCUGCUGAGGAGACCGCAAAGUACGAGAAGCUGUUAUUCGAGCUCCUGCCUCUAUCGUUAAAGGAUCAGCCAGAAACAAUCAAAAACUCUUCAUUUCUUCUUCCUCUUCAAGUUAUACUGGCGAAUGGAAUUAACGUGAAUACAUUUUUGCAAUAUCCUAAUGAAUUUGUAAUUACGUUUCCUGAUACUAUUUAUACAUCCUUGGACCAUGGAUUUAAUAUACAUGAAUUUAUCCCCUUUGCUGCUAAAGAAUGGAUUACUGAUAAAUAUGCUCAGCAAUCAUUCCAAGCUUAUAAAGAACUGUGCAUACCUACACCAUUUUCGUAUGACCACAUUUUGUUAGCAAAUGCUACUGUGGAUAAAACAGUCCAUUCGGCUUAUUGGCUUAUGACAUGCUUUAAGGAACGGAUAGACACCGAGCUAAAGUUGAGGAACAAUUUUCGAAAAAAAUAUGCUUCCCUUCCUUGGGUUCCCAUCCCGUUAGAGUCAUCUGUUAUGGCUUGUAGUCAUUGUAAAACAUUUGCUUAUUUGGCUGCUGUCGGGAUUAAUAAAUCGGCUCAAACUUUCUGUUUACUACACGCUGGCCAAAAUUUGAAUAUGAAAAAUAAUGAUUUAGCAAUUAGCGUCCGAUACAACGAUGAAGCUUUACUUGAAGCUUAUGAUGCUGUCGUCGGUCGUGCCAAAAAAGCUGAAGCAUGGUUAGAAAAAUAUCGUGAGGCUUUUUCCAAUUCUCGUCCUAGCUUAAAGGUUCUUAAAGCUUUAUACAAUGAAGCGGAUACUUUAUCUUGUCCUAUACAAGAAGUUGAAGAACUUCGGUCGUUUGUUCAUAUGGGUCAAAACUGGUUGGAAAAAGCUUCUGUUAUCCUCAAAAGAAAGGCUCCUGUGAAAAAAGACAAAAGAAAAAUGAAAAGGAAUGUUAAUGAAAGCCCUUUAGAUGAAGGAAUUUCAUCUCCAACCUUUAAAUAUAAUGAAUCAGAAAUAUUGGUUGAGCUAGUUGAAGAAGGAGGUAAAUUUCCUUUUGAAAUUCAGGAACUGGAACUUCUAAAUGAAAAACUAAACCUACUAAAGUCUUACCAAAGUAAAGCAAAGUCGUUAAUGAAUCAGCAACUCACUUACGACAUAUGCUUAAAUAUGGUUAAUGAAGGAAAAGAGCUUCAAAUGGAAACACCCGAAUUAGAGUCUUUUGAAAAGCAAUUAUCUUUUACAACUUGGACAAAAAAUUAUAAAGAAGUUGUUAAUAGAGAAGAUUUCACUUUACAAGAACUGGUUGAUUUAAUCAAUCGAGGAAACGAAAUUGGGAUACCUUCCGACAGUGAAGAAAUGGCUCAAGCAUCAUUUAUAAAAGAUAAAUCUGAACGAUGGAAUAAACAGGUUGAAACAUUUUUAAUUCAAGAAGCCACGCCAACUCAAAAGUUGGUGGAAUUAAAAAACGAAGCGAAGCAAUUGUGUGUGGAUAAGAUCCUGAGUGAUCGUCUUAACGAGGUUUUGUUCAAAUCCGUUUCAUCUCAUGACCGGCUGGUUUCUUUGAUAGCAGGCUCUGAGAAUGCUGAAUUCGAAAAACGACCUACUGUUGAUGAGGCACGGAACGUUUUGAGCGAAGCCGAAGCUCUUACAAGUAAACCCGAUGAAUUUCUUAUAGUUCAAAAGCUUGUUACGAAAACGCUUGAAUGGGUUCGUAAGGGUAAACGGUUGUUUGGUAAAGCAAAUGCUCCUCUAGAAAUUUUCAAUCAACAUCUCGAACUUGUGGACCAGAAAGACUCAAGCGCAAUGAUUGAUGAAGGUUCAGAUGCUCAUUUAUACGUUGGUAAUGAGUAUUACAUCGUGGCCGGAAAUAAUCCUCUGGAUUUCCAUUACUGUUUUUGUAGGUUACCUGAGUCCGGUAUGAUGAUCGAAUGCGAAGUGUGCCAUGAAUGGUAUCAUGCCAAAUGCAUGAAAAUGUCAAAGAAAAAGCUUCGAGCUAAUGAAAAGUUCGUCUGUCCUGUAUGCGAUUAUCGUGUUGAAAUACCUCGUCAUUCCCAUCGACCUCCAUUGAUAGAACUUCAGCAAAUGGUUUCUGAUAUUCCUAGUCUUCCCUUUCGGCCCGCGGAAGUGGAUUUGCUCAAACGGGUCGUUAACGAAGCCGUAACCUUUCGUGAUCGCAUACAAAACACAAUCCAGGAUCCCUCAAGGCUUUCUUUUGAAGAUAUCCCCAUAAUUCGGUUUUUCCUGAGGAAGUUAGAGGGCGUGGAAAUAUUGUAUACAGAGGAAAUAAAUGUUUUCCGACAAAAAUUGCAUGAAUUAUUACCAAUUGCACCUCUUCCUCCCCCAUUUAUUGGUGAGAGUCGUUCUAACAGAAAACCACGACCCACAAAGCGUCAGCGUGAAAUUAUGGACCAAGUUGAAAGUGGAAAACUAACUUCUGCGGAGGGUGCUGCUGCGAUUGCAGCUACUCAAAUACGCAAUCAGACCAACUCCGUAACUAGGCUUCAAAAUGUUCACACCUUGAGCACUACCUUAUCGCCUUGGGCUAUGAAAAGUUUAGCUGAAGCUGUCUUGAGUCCAGCACCUUUGCCAACAGCUGACACACUCGUUAAUGAACCAAAGUUAACACAUCCUCCAGAUGCUAUAUCUCCUGAUAUCACAAAAAUUACUGAUUUUAAUUUGAUUGAUAAUACCGAAGCUCCGGUCACAUCAACUUCUAUAACUGAUGAUCAGGAUUCUACUGCUGUUUGUUUGUGUAAGCAACCUUUUGCUAUUUCAGAUGGAAUGGUACAAUGUCACACUUGUUCCGAAUGGUAUCAUUAUGAUUGUGUUGGUCUCUCUUCGGAAAUAGUAAGUACUCUGUCAACUUAUACAUGCCCUGAAUGCUGCAGCAAGCAGGGUAAAUUAUAUCCAUUCAUUACUCGUCCUCGUUCUAUACCCUCUUUAUGGGCUUCCCAGACGUACCCCCCUAGUGUUCUUCAAGGAACAACUGAGAAUUUUGCAACUUUGAACAAAGCAUUUACUACUUCUGCAAAUCUUUUCGAUAUGUUGACCCCUAUGGAUACAACGUCGUAUAGCUCAAAGGUUGACUAUUUUGUCGAGGAUAAAAAGCCGGAUCUCUUUACAGAAACUUACCUCAGCAUGUAG